AUGCGAUUACCGCCUGCGGUGCUGGUGUUUGUGGGGGUCAUGCUCGCGUACGCGGCUUACUACCUCCUGGCGCUGGUCUCACGGAUCGACCUACGAUUCGACAAAGAUCACCAGGGCACGGCUGCCCUCCUUCGUCGGUGCUCCCUGCUCAAGGGGAACUACUGGCCCUCCCCCUGGAUCUUCUCCGGCCACCUUGAUGCGUUGGUCAUGAUGAAGCUGCGGCCGACCUACGACCCCCAGUACCGUAGGGAGGAGGUCCGAGCAGCGGAUGGCACUACACUGCUGUUGGAUUGGGCGGAGCGUUCGGACAUGUCACCUAGCGCGCCGAUCCUUAUACUACUCUCUGGCGUCACCGGAAGCGGCCGAAGCUCGUACAUCACAUACCUGGCCCGUGAGGGAAUGCAAAAGGGCUGGCGCUGCGUGACGCUCAACUAUCCCGGCACUCUGGGCGAACAGCUCACCGCUCCACGAAUGUACAGUGUGUCAUCUGAUGUGGGGCGGCUUGUGGACCACGUCGCCUCUAGUUUCCCUGAUGCGCCUCUGUUUGCUCUGGGCUUUUCGUUGGGCGGCUUUCUCUUGACCAAGUACCUCGGGGAGGUUGGGAGCAGGACGCCCCUGCGGGCGGGCAUCAUCUGCAGCUCCCCGUGGUCCCAGGCCCAACUCGCGGUUCAUUGGACGGGGUGGGCCAAGACCCACGUGUACGGCAGACACUUCAUCAAGCACUUUCUGAAGAUUUACAGCAACAACAAGGUCUUUAGGGGUCAUGCAAAGUUGGUCCACGAGAACAUCGUCUCGUGCAAGACCUUGUUCGAUCUGCACACGCACCUUCACGCUCCGUUGAGUGGAGAAGAGUCGAUCGAAGACUACUACCUGGCGAAUGACACCGGCCCUCUGUUUGCGAAUGUGAAGGUCCCCACCCUGGUCCUCCACGCGCUCAAUGACCCGGUCGUGCCCCAAGUGGAGGAGAUCAGCAAGAAUCCUCUUGCCAUCCUUGCCGUCACUCAGACCGGUUGGUGGCCCACGGGGUUGUCGUGGAUUGAACUCGCCUGCCUACAGUACAUCGAUGCGCACCUCCAGUUGAGCUCCACCGAUUCCUCCCCCAUGGGCCGGUGA